AUGGCAUACAGGUCGCUGCCUUCGGCCCAUCCGCUGGCCUUUCACACAGGAGCGUCCUCCAGCGGGGAUCAGCCUCAGCCUCUCUUGCUGGAGCAAUCACCAGCGAGGUCAAAGGCACCCUCGGAUCCGCCAUCGGACUUCUCGUCUUGGCACGAUGAUGCAUCAUCAUCGCUUGCACCGUCGGGCACUGCCAGGGAUGGUACGAUAACAGUCAAUCCUCUCGUCAUGCGUAUGGGAGAACACCUCAAAGGGAAGCUCCAGGGCAUGAUCCGACAGCGCUUCGAGAAUUACAUUCACAUCACGAAGACACUGCAGAAUGAUAUUGGCAAGCUUGCAGUGCUCACGUGCGAGUUGCGAACAACAGUUCGCAUUGCAGCUGCAGCUGCCGAUUGUGCGAGCUUGGACAAAGUCCGCGUUUCGAUUUCUUGUAAUGAGGACGGAACGUUUCUGGUGUACACCAUGCCAGAUGCUGCUGGCACGCUCGGUUCUCGCUGUUCCAGUCCAGCAUCAUCCAGCUCACAGGCGCCGCAAGAAAUCCCUUCGGAGGCGGUCCAGCCUGUGAUUCCGGUUGAAGCGAUUACUGAAGAAGUUGGUGCUGAGCACGUCCUCAACAACUGGGUACAGAAGGUUUGCGAAUUUGGCAUGAGCGGCCGCUGUCACAGCCUUACAGCAUUGUUCCACUUCGGGUACACAGCCUGGAAGCAGUCAAUGCAUUCUUCUCUGCAAAGCGAGCACUGGGGUAUGGAGUCUGUGGAAGACAUCUCCCCGGGCCACAUUGCAGAGGAGGAAGAGAAGCAAAGUCAGGUUCUCUUUAAGGAAGAGCCGCCUUUCGAGCCAAAUGUCAUGCAUGGUGGCUCUGCAAGUUCGAGCUGCAACGGAUCAGUGCAGGUGGACGAUGCAGAGAGAAGCCCUGAACAGUUGCUGACAUGCGCCCGCUUGGCAGCAGACAGCGAAAGACUACGUCAGGCCCUGGAAUUUUGUACCGAGGGCCUUGAUUUGUUGUGGGGCGAGCUGUGUCUUUGCCCUGUGUUGGCUGAGCCCUGUGCAGCUUCAAGAGCAAGCAGCUCGUCGCUUGCUCCCGAUCCAGCAGCAGUCUGGCGACCAGGCGGCAGCGACAAAGUUUUCGUGCCGGAUGAGACUGUAACUACACUGUCUGGGUUGUUGUGUUUGAGGGCAAGCGCCCAUGCGCAGCUGCAGCAGUACGUGGAAGCUCUGUCUGAUGCAGAUGAGCUAACGGGUCUUCAACCAACAUCUGCUGAUGGUUACUACUGGCAGUCUGUUGCGCUCCAAGGCAUGGGUCGCGAGCACGAGGCACUGGAGGCCCUAAUGUCAGCACUGGAGUACGAGCCGCAGAAUGCCUUCUACCAGCAGUUGCUCACGGCCCUUUUUGAAGACAUCUCAGACCGUGACACCUUGAAGCGAAGACCUGGUCGGCGAGAGUCUUCAAGG